AUGACUUCUACAUAUUGUAAGUUACUUAAUAGCUUAGACAAGGUAAGUCUAAUUAUUAACGAUUAUUGUUUUCCUUCAUCAAUAUUUGAUAAAGAUUUUACUAGUUAUAUAAAUUUAUAUUCUUUGCUAGAUGUUUCACUGGACACACAAGAUCAAACUUAUUUUUCUAAAAGAUAUAUAAACCUUACAGAAAUUUUUUCACAUUAUUAUAAAAAAAAAAAAGCGAAAGAAGGGAAUUCCAGUAUUAGUCAAAAAUGUUAUGGCAAUUUCAAUUACCACAUUAACUAUUUCAUAUUCCACAUUUAUAUAAAACGAUUUUAUUAUAUAAAUAUAAAGAAGUUCAAGAAUUAUUUAAAGCUUUUAUUGAAAAAAUAA